UCGCUCGCCUCACUUGUCCACCCUGCAGAUCAGCAUCCUCUUCUUCUCAGGGACGACCAGGGACCACAAAGGCCCCCCCUCUACAAUUUCUUUUUUUUUUUUUCUACCACCCGUCAGAUUGCAGGCAGUAAACUGCUGUGGAGGUACCGCUGCUGCUAUAUACUUUUUUUUGGCGUCUUUCUCCUGACCACAUUACAGGUGCGCACCACAAUUACGCAUGACUUUGAUGGAGAUUCAGACCGGUCUCGAUUAGUGAGCUGUACUGCUUUUAAUGUGGUGUCUUGACUCAUAGCAUUGGGCCAAGUUUAGUUGCUGUUGUCUUUCUUUUUUGAAUAGAAGAAGCAUUUAAUAUACACCAAGUCCUUUAAAGUGCCGUGGCUACGCGUCAGGUGGAAACAGGUGCAAAGGCGGUUACUUCUGCAGUUAGGCGAGAACCAAAGGCUCGAAGGCACUAAGUCAGAGUAUCCUGUGAAGAUAGCUGAGGAAAAGGAAGCCACUGGAAAUUUUUUACAAAACAACCUUGGGUCAAACAUCCCAGGAAAAGGAAAAAACAUAGUGAGCGAUUUAGAGGAAAAAAUAGAGAGAGAGCGAGGGGGAGAGGAAGAGAGAGAGAGACAGAGAGAGAGAGAGAGAGGGAGAGAUACACCCCCUGGAGACUAGUUAGGAGACCCGGCCCCCGGUCUGAGAGAAGGAGAGAGAGAGUGAGGGAGUGAGGGAGUGUUUUAAAGCCGGCAGGAGGCAUGAUGUCCUACAUUAAGCAACCCCAUUACGCCGUGAACGGGUUAACGCUGUCCGGCCCGGGCAUGGAUCUGCUCCACACCGCCGCCGUUGGAUAUCCCAGCACACCGCGUAAACAGCGUCGGGAGCGCACGACCUUUACGCGUGCGCAGCUGGACAUCCUGGAGGCUCUUUUUGCCAAAACUCGGUACCCAGACAUCUUCAUGAGGGAGGAAGUGGCACUCAAGAUCAACCUGCCCGAAUCUAGAGUCCAGGUCUGGUUCAAAAACCGUCGUGCCAAGUGCCGCCAGCAGCAGCAACAGAGCACAGGCCAGUCCAAGCCACGGCCACCUAAAAAGAAGGCAUCGCCUGCUCGUGAGGCCAACACCGAGGCCAGUGCCAACCCCACCAACGGACCCUACAGCCCUCCUCCCCCUCCCCCAGGUACAGCCAUCACCCCCAGCUCCAGCGCUGCUAGUGCCACAGUGUCCAUCUGGAGCCCAGCCUCUAUCUCUCCGCUGCCAGACCCCCUGUCUGCUUCCACCACCCCCUGCAUGCAGCGCACCACCACCUACCCCAUGACCUACACCCAAGCCCCAGCCUAUAGCCAGAGCUACGCAGGCUCCUCCUCUUACUUCACUGGCCUGGACUGUAGCUCCUACCUGUCUCCAAUGCACCCGCAGCUGUCAGGUACUGGAGGGGCCCUCAGCCCCAUCACAGCCUCCUCAAUGGGUGGGCCCCUCAGCCAGUCUCCGGCCUCACUGUCCUCCCAGGGCUACACAGCUGCUUCACUGGGCUUUGGAGCUGUCGACUGUCUAGACUACAAAGACCAAACUGCCUGGAAGCUCAAUUUCAAUGCCGCUGACUGUCUGGACUACAAAGACCAGAACUCCUGGAAGUUCCAGGUCUUGUAAAUAACAGGAGGUGGGCCAUGGGGAGGGAGGGAGGUGGGGGGAAGUGGUAAGAAAUCAAAAAAUUAACGAUCAAAGUAGGUUGUAAAGCCCAAGAUUGCUUUUUAUUUGUUUUAGAAGGAGGAGGAAAACUUGGGACACAGAAAUCUCUCUAAUCACAUCAGCUGAGGAGUUUGUGUUGUUUUAGAAAAAAUAUCAGUGGAAGUGGUCUGUUGAUGCUUGGCUUGGUGAUUGUAACAAAGAGAUGACAGUAGUGUUUAAGCAAACAUAGAAAUCAGCCUUGAAAUCAAGGAAUGGCCACAUGUAAGGAAAAAGAGAGAGAUGAAUGCACAAUAAGAUCAGAUUAGUGAGAAAGAGCACAAGUUUUUCUUUUGAUUUGAGUGAUGAAGCUGAGCUUAGAAACCGUUUAACUGGCCUUGACUUCGGCCAAAGUUGAAGCAGGACUUAUUUCUGAAAUUGCCACGGCACAACAACAUUUGCAACCUACGUUGUUUCUAAAAUGGACCUUUCACACAGAUGAGAAUUCAUAUUUCUUCCUUCCAGACUUCUAAUCUCAUCUUUUCUGUGAUGUUUUUUUUUUUUUAAAGCUGUUUUUGUUUUUUUUAAAUCAGUGAGCUGACUAAAAAAAAAAAAACCCUUGAGAAAUGAAAACAACUCAGCCAACUUGAUGUGACACCUAAAGCAGGCGUCCUACAGGGUGUUCUCUAAAUCAAGAAAAACUGUACAGCAGACACAAGCUGAUGGUUCCUAGUAGCCUUGCAUGACGCUGACCCCCCCGCCCCCGCAGCCUGUGUGGGAUACGAGCCGAGGGGGCGGAGUAGGCCGCUCCGGUGACUGCAGUACGAACCUGUUGCCUUUGAGCAUGGUUGUAAUCAUUAGCAGAAUGGCUAGUGCAUUGUUAGUGUAAUAGGAUCACUUCCACACAUUUUGGGGAACAAUGGUCACAUUGUUGUUAGCUGAGGCCGAGGAACCCCUCUUCAUCCCACAGCGGCACGAUGAAAGCAGACUGCCAUUAAACUGCUCCAGUGAGGUAUCUGAUGGGAGAGGAGACUGCACCGGAGAAAGGGAAGGGACUGGGCCUGCAUGGAGCCCCCCCCCCCCCUCCUCCUCCUUUGCACAGACAGUUUGGUGCCUCUCUCAGCUCCAACCUGUAAAGAUGUGAUAGCUACCACUUUAUGUGUUUGAUGUUUUGUUUGAUUUUUUUUUUUUUGUAUUAGAUUUAAAACAACAUUCAUUUUCUUUUAAAAAUUGUGAAUUUGUUUGAGUAAAAUUUGUGGUAAUUUGUUUUUAAGUUCAUAUUACUACCAGUAUUAUAACUGUCAUCAUUAAUAUUAUGUCUUCUGCUGACAUGGACUUUGCUAACAUACUUUUUCGUUGUUGUUUUGUAAAUAUUAAAACUUGAACAUGUAAUCAUGUCUGGUAUCAGCUUGGUGUUGUUAUGCAGACCCAACAGACUGUCUCACUCUCUUUCUUAAUUUCUAGAAAACUGCCAACUUUUAAUUUUUUUUUCUGUUUAUAUACUUCUGGUUUCUGCUUCUUCUUAUUUUUUUUUUCAAACUCAGGGGUUUAUCCAAUAGGAGUAGCAGUAUGCUUCUUAAUCAUUUAUUGUACUUAUAUAUAUAUUUUUUGCUUUAUAAUCUUCUCUGCUUAUUUUUCUGACAUGAAUUAUUUUGUAUAUUUCAUUUGUCUCCUGUGUUUGACCGGUCUCACCACUACCAUGCCAGAUAGCUAUGAUGUUUCUGAGACAUUAAACGACUUCAUUAAAA